AUGAUGAUAAAUGUGAAGAAGUCCACAAUGGUGCGGCCGGGAGGGGAAACCCCGAAGCGCGCGCUAUGGAACUCGAACCUGGACCUGGUGGUGUCCCGCUUCCACACCCCGAGCGUGUAUUUCUACCGGCCAACAGGCGCACCCAACUUCUUUGAUGCGAGUGUGCUCAAGGAGGCCCUCAGCAAGGUCCUCGUGCCCUUCUACCCCUUGGCCGGCCGACUCAAGCUGGACGAAGACCGCAGGAUCGAGAUUGAUUGUAAUGCCGAGGGCGUGCUCUUCGUUGAGGCCGAGACCGGCUCCGCCCUAGAUGAUCUCGGCAACUUUGCGCCCACAUUGGAGCUCCGGCAGCUCAUUCCCGCGGUUGACGAUUCUAUAGGGAUCAGGUCUUUUCCCCUCGUGGUCUUGCAGGUAACAUAUUUUAAAUGCGGCGGGGUCUCACUUGGUAUCGGUACGCAACACAUUCUUGCUGAUGGGUUUUCUGGGCUCCACUUUGUGAACACAUGGUCAGAUAUGGCUAGGGGACUUGAUCUAACUAUUCCACCAUUCAUAAACCGGUCCCUUCUCCGUGCCCGGAAUCCACCUCAACCUGCAUUCCAGCACGUUGAAUACCAGCCUUCCCCUCCGAUGAAAACCCCUCUUCAGUCCAUAGUGAGUACAACGGUCUCAAUGUUCAAAAUAACUAGGGACCAACUGAACGCGCUCAAAGCCAAGUCUAAAGAUGGUACCAACACAGUCAACUAUAGCUCAUAUGAGAUACUGUCAGGUCACCUGUGGAAAUGCGUAAGCAAGGCACGUGAACUUCCCGACGAUCAAGAGACCAAAUUGUACGUUGCAGUCGAUGGACGGUCCAAAUUGCGUCCUCCACUCCCGCCUGGUUACUUUGGCAAUGCCAUCUUCAUGGCCACUCCAAUAGCUUUAGCAGGUGAUCUCCAGUCUAAACCGACGUCGUAUGCUGCAAGCAAGAUUCACAAUGCAUUGGCGCGGAUGGACGACGAGUAUAUGAAAUCGACGCUUGACUAUCUAGAGCUUCAGCCAGACCUAUCGGCUCUUGCUCGUGGGGCUCAUACUUAUCGAUGUCCAAAUCUUAAUAUCACUAGCUGGAGCAGGCUGCCAAUCCAUGAUGCUGAUUUCGGGUGGGGUAGGCCGAUAUUCAUGGGGCCUGGUGGGAUUCCGUACGAGGGGCUGUCGUAUAUAUUACCAAGUCCAACUAAUGACGGCAGCUUAUCAAUUGCUAUAGCUCUGCAAUCUGCGCAUACGAAAGUGUUUGAGAACUUGUUGUAUCAAUUCUGA